AUGAGGAUGAUGCCUUGUAAUGAGACACUGAAAAAGCUCAAUCUGUUUAGCAUGUACAAAAGAAGAAUGAGAGGGAAGCAGCUCCCAUCCAGGCCAGAAGGUGGAAGUUCCCAGCCUUCUGGUGAACAAACCCAGCUCCCAGCACAGGCGCCGAGCCCUGGAGCUGGUGUGGGUGGGGCAGGAAGGUCCCUAGCUAACAGGUUCUCUCUCGCUAUCCCCCACUCCUGGUGGGUACAGGAUGAGGGGCAGCAGCUCAGGUUCCUGCAGGCCAUCUACCCCUCGUGUCUUGCUGCACAGGACAGAGGGCAGGACACGCUGGAGCCGCGCUGCUGCAAGGCGGCUGUGGUGGAGAGGAUUGUGGAGCUCAUUGAGGAGCUUCCUAAAGACUCUUCACCCAGCGCCAUCCUCACCAACUCCCUGGUUGCAGUGGGCAACCUCAGCACCAUGAAACCUGCCCUUGAGCCUGACCUAGAGACCCACCUCUUGCAAGCUGCCCUUCGCUCCGUCUUCACCCUGGGCACGGAGAAGGACACCAUCAACAUCCAGGCUCUGCACAAAGUCAUGCCAGAGCUCCUGGAUGCCAUGCUGGGGAACCUGCUGGCAGAGUCCCCAGACGCAGACAGGCUCCGCUACAUCUUGGAGCAUGUCAACCUCUGGAUCGUGUCCAGGGUGUCCCAGGAGAGAGCCAGGGCCAUUAGGAGCAGCAUGGCCCUGCUCAGAUUUGCAGUAACGCUCCCUGAGUUUGACAUCUCAGCAGAGUUCCCUAGGAUGGGUCACCACGUGGCACAGCUGGCUCUGUUUGUCAGUGACCCAGACAAGGACAUCAGCCGGCAGGCCAGGGAGGGGACUUACCGGCUCUACCAGCUGCUGCUCCAACAGAGGGGGCUGACCAUACACGAGGCAGAAGAUCUGUGGUGCCAUGACUGGCACCAGGACAGCAGGCUCCUGGGCUAUAAGAACACAGCCAGGGUGGGGGAGGUCUUUGGAAAAUUCUUCUCUGAGGGGCAGAGAAAAUACUUCCUCCAGAUAGCAAUGCUGGCGAUCCAUAACCGCCUGCUGCGUGUCAGCCAGGCUGGGCUGCUCCUCACAUACUCCAUCCUGGGGGAAGCCCAGCAGCUGCUGGGGGACGAGCUGGAGGAUGUCACAGCCAAGGUGAUGUGCCAGCUCCGCAUCAUCCGGCACUUGCACCAGGUGCCUGAGGCGCUGCAAGGGCUGCGCCUCAUCUGAUGCCCUUAAAGGUUCCCCUCUCAUGUUCAGCAACUCCUGCUCCCUGCUGCAGGUACUGCUCUGUCUCACUGUAAAUGGGGGGCUAGUGGAAGGGGAAAUGGAGGCCCCUGUCACUGACAGAAACUC